AUUGUUAGCUGGUGUUUAUAGAUUUCUAAGAUUCCUCAUAUUUUUAUGGUGUUUGCAUUUUACAAUUUGUGAUUUGUUUGUAUUUUUUCUCCUUUUUGUCCUGUUUCCCUUCUUUUACUUAAUUUCAUGUUGACACCCCCAUCACUAAUACUAUUUAUUUUAUUUUUAUUUAAUAAUAUUCUUUAUUCCUUUUUAUAAUUUUUUAUACAAGUAAUUUUCGCUUAGUUUUCGUGUCUGUAUUAAUCUUUUAAUCCUGAUUUAUCCUAAAUUGUAUAUCAAUGGCAAAACGUACAAAGAAGGUUGGCUUGGCCGGUAAAUACGGUACCCGUUACGGUGCUUCACUUAGGAAACAAGCUAGAAAGAUUGAAACACAACAACAUGCCUCUUACUCAUGUCCUUUCUGUGGAAGACAUGCAACGAAGCGUAAGGCUGUUGGACUUUGGCAAUGUAAGGGUUGUAAGAGGAAGAUGGCAGGUGGAGCCUGGUCACUUGUAACAUCCUCUGCUUCCUCAGUUAAGGCUACAAUUGAUCGUCUCAACAAGCAGAAACUUGAAACCGCCUAAUCUAUUACUUCACCA